GCGGCCCAGGCUCGGGGCCAGCCGGGCGCGCAUCCCCGGGCGCCCUGCGCGGCGGAGAGCUCAGCGGGCCGCGUGAGCCGCAGGAAAAGAGUGGACAAAGCAAGAUGGCAGGGAUAUUAGCCUGGUUCUGGAACGAGAGGUUUUGGCUCCCGCACAAUGUCACCUGGGCGGACCUGAAGAACACGGAGGAAGCCACCUUCCCGCAGGCUGAGGACCUCUAUCUCGCCUUCCCCCUGGCCUUCUGCAUCUUCAUGGUGCGGCUCAUCUUCGAGAGAUUUGUAGCCAAACCAUGUGCCAUAGCCCUCAACAUUCAGGCCAGUGGACCACAAAUUGCCCAGCCAAAUGCCAUUCUGGAAAAGGUCUUCACUGCAAUUACAAAGCAUCCUGAUGAAAAGAGAUUGGAAGGCCUCUCCAAGCAACUGGACUGGGAUGUUCGGAGCAUUCAGCGGUGGUUUCGACAGAGACGCAACCAGGAGAAGCCAAGCACACUGACAAGGUUCUGUGAGAGCAUGUGGAGAUUUUCAUUUUACCUUUAUGUAUUUACCUACGGAGUCCGGUUUCUGAAAAAGACCCCCUGGUUGUGGAAUACAAGGCACUGCUGGUACAACUACCCCUAUCAGCCACUCACAACUGACCUUCACUACUAUUACAUCUUGGAGCUGUCGUUUUAUUGGUCUUUAAUGUUUUCCCAGUUCACUGACAUCAAAAGAAAGGACUUUGGCAUUAUGUUCCUGCACCACCUGGUAACUAUUUUCUUGAUUACCUUUUCAUAUGUCAACAAUAUGGCCCGAGUAGGGACCCUGGUUCUUUGUCUUCACGAUUCAGCUGAUGCUCUUCUAGAGGCUGCCAAAAUGGCAAAUUACGCCAAGUUUCAGAAAAUGUGUGAUCUCCUGUUUGUUAUGUUUGCCAUGGUUUUUAUCACCACACGACUGGGUAUAUUUCCUCUCUGGGUGUUAAAUACCACAUUAUUUGAAAGUUGGGAGAUCGUUGGACCUUACCCUUCCUGGUGGGUUUUUAACCUACUGCUGUUGCUAAUACAAGGGUUGAACUGCUUUUGGUCUGUCUUGAUUGUAAAAAUAGCUUGCAAAGCUGUUUCAAAAGGCAAGGUGUCCAAGGAUGAUCGAAGCGAUAUCGAGUCUAGCUCAGAUGAGGAGGACUCAAAACCUCCAGGAAAGAGCCCCCACACUGCAACAACCACCAAUGGGACCAGUGGCACCAAUGGAUAUCUCCUGACUGGCCCCUGCUCUGUGGAUGACUAAUUACUGAAAACUACAAGUCCCGAACAAAGUGAACUAUCUGUUGCUGGAAGUAUUUAAUAAAUGGCAAAUGCAGUUCCUUUCAUAAUAUCUCAGCACCAGAAACAAAAAUUAGGAUUAUCAAAGCAUUUUGAAUAGUGCACUGCCAUAUGUCCUGUCUGUGAAUGAAGAAUUACCCUUCUCUAUAUGUAGGCAUGCUGUAUGUAAUUGACACAAGGGAACAGUAUUUGCAUUUGUACUGUCUAGACUAUUAUUUAUUUUUUGUAUUUGUUUGUAAAUCUGUGGACAAAAGAGGGUUUCCUUCCUCCUUUUACUCUCUGGGUUCAUGACAGUGAAGGAGAUGCUUCAUCCGCUUCUGCCCUUUUCUCUUGCUGUAGUCUAGUGUGCUGUGAGCAUUGGCUUAAUUUGUCACUUAGAGCAAGCAAAACCCAGUGCAAGAUUCUCAUACCACUCCAGAUAGGUUUGCUUUCUUUGUGUUAUGGUGCCCAUUUUGAAAUUGCCUAUGUAGUGUCAGUGACCAUUCUCCCAGUGUAAAGUUUAAACAGGAUGAACUUUGGUUUUUAAUUGUCACUCUUCAUGGUCAAUUAGUAGUUCAAGUUAAAGAGGAUGGUUAUUGUAGGACUAUUUUUGAAUUAUUUUAUAUUAAAUUGCUUUGGAAUAGA